AUGGCAAGUGUCUGGAGAAGGAGUUUAAAGACUCUUUCGAGCUACCCAAGACCGUCCGGUUCCUCUGCAAAGCGAUUUGUGGAAGAGCAGACUACUGAACUUGAGCAAUUAUGGUCUUCGCCUCGGUUCCAGGAAAUUACGCGCCCUUAUACGCCACUUGACGUGGUAAAACAUCGCGGCUCGCUGGGCAGGGUUGGUUACGCAUCGUCGGUCCAAGCAGAGCGUCUCCACGACCUACUUGAGGACAAAUUCCACAAGAGAGAAGCAGUUUCGACCCUGGGCGUGAUCGACCCGGUCCAGAUGACCCAGCUUGCAAGGUGCGAAGGGAUCGAAGCUGCAUAUGUAUCUGGCUGGGCGUGUUCCUCGACGAUGGUCGGCUCGACAAACGAGGUCUCCCCGGACUUCGGAGACUACCCGUACGAUACCGUGCCCAACCAGGUCGAGCGGAUAUUCAGGGCGCAGCAGAUGCACGACAGGAAGGCGUUUCUCGCGGACGGGGCCGAGGGCAGGGCCAGCACGGACUACUUGAAACCGAUAAUUGCCGACGGGGAUAUGGGCCAUGGCGGCAGCACGACCGUCAUGAAGCUGGCGAAGCUGUUUGCCGAGAAGGGCGCCGCGGCCAUCCACCUCGAAGACCAGAUGCACGGCGGCAAGAGAUGCGGGCAUCUCGGAGGCGCCGUGCUGGCGCCCACCUAUGUACACAUCUCCCGACUCAUCGCGACCAGACUGCAGUGGGACAUCAUGGGCACCCAGAACCUGCUCAUUGCCCGCACGGACUCCGCCAACGCGAAGCUCAUAGCCAGCAGCUCGGACCCGCGGGACCAUGAGUUCAUCCUGGGCACCACGCAACCCGCUGCUCAGCCCUGGGCCGAGCUUGUUCUUGAUAUGGAAGCUGCUGGCUGCACCGCUCAAGAAAUUGCGGCUGCCGAGCAAGAAUGGUUCGACGAGUGCCCCCUACUUACCUUUGACCAGGCCGCCGAGCAGCAACUCAGCAGCUCCGAAUACGGCGCCUACGGGGCUCGGAAGAAGGAGCUUUGCUCCCAGCUCGGACGGCCGUAUCUGGCCCUGCGAGAAAUGCGUCACAUCGCCGAAGCCGUUGCCCCGCACAAGUCCGUGAACUUCGACUGGGACGCCCCGCGCACGCGCGAGGGGCACCACAUGCUGCAUGGCUGCAUGGAGCUCGCCGUGCGCAGGACUCUCGCCUUCGCGCCCUACAGCGACCUGCUGUGGCUAGAGACAAAGACCCCGGACCUCCGCCAGGCCUCCGCCUUCGCUGCCGCCAUCCAUCGCGCGUACCCGCACGCCAAGCUUGUCUACAACCUGUCGCCCAGCUUCAAUUGGACUGCCCACGGCUACGACGACCGCCAGCUGCGCGCCUUCAUCCCCUCGCUCGCCGCAGCGGGCUUUGUGCUCCAGCUCGUUUCUCUCGCCGGCCUGCAUUCCGACGCCCUGGCCUUCUGGCAGCUGGCCGCCGCCUUCCCCGCCGACGGCAUGCUGGCCUACGUCCAGCACGUGCAGGCGCCCGAGCGUCGCUCGGGCUGUGACGUGUUACUGCACCAGCGCUGGUCAGGUGUGGAUUACGUGGACUCUCUCGGCAACCUGGUCCAAAACGGUGCCAGCUCCCACACCCGCGGCGCGGGCGGCGACAGUUUCACCGAGUCCCAGUUCCAGUAA